ACAGGUGACCAGCUGUCAGAAACAGGGCUUAAAGCAAAAACAACAGUCUGCCCUUCACGUCUUGGUGCAGAGGAGUAACCUGUCUGUCUGUGGGCCCGUGAGUGUGUUUGUGUGCGCGUGUGUGUGUUGUGGGCCGGGCCAUGAGACUACAGGGGUGUGUGUUCUCCUACUUCAGUAAACUUGCAGCUGGAUUUCUCUCUUCAGCAUCCAGCAGGAGGAAACACGUGUGUCUGCUCUCGCAGUCCGCUAAUAUCAUGGCAGAGGAGGCGAAGAAACUGGCCGCUUAUGCUGCUGUGGAUAACCACGUUCAGAACAACCAAGUGGUUGGAGUGGGCAGUGGAUCAACCAUCGUCUAUGCUGUGGACAGACUAGCUGAGAGAGUGCGUCAGGAGAAGCUGAACAUCGUGUGUGUGCCCACCUCCUUCCAGGCUCGUCAGCUGAUCCUGCAGCACGGCCUCACACUGUCGGAUCUGGACAGGCACCCAGAGCUGGACGUGGCGAUAGACGGAGCAGACGAGGUGGACGCAGAGCUGACGCUGAUCAAAGGUGGAGGCGGCUGCCUGACUCAGGAGAAGAUCGUAGCCGGCUGUGCUAAACAUUUCGUCGUCAUCGCAGACUACAGGAAGGACUCCAAGGCUCUGGGCCAGCAGUGGAAGAAGGGAGUUCCCAUCGAGGUGAUCCCCAUGGCGUACGUCCCCGUCUCCAGGGCGAUAGCCAAGCGCUUCGGAGGGGAGGCCAACUUGCGGAUGGCUGUCAGUAAAGCGGGUCCUGUGGUCACUGACAACAGUAACUUCAUCCUGGACUGGAAGUUUGAGCGCGCUGAGAACUGGAAGGAAGUGAACACGGCCAUCAAGAUGAUCCCAGGUGUGGUGGAGACGGGGCUUUUCGUCGGCAUGGCGGAACGAGCGUACUUUGGGAUGGAGGAUGGAACCGUGCAGGUGCGAGACCCUGCAGUCAACUGAGGGGUUUGAUCACUUUCACUGUCGACCCUCCGCUAGACAGACCUCACUUUACCCACAAGUGCCGUGGUUUUGAGUUAGAGCCGCUCUCAGUGUUUGGACUGAGCUGCUCCUCCUGCAGAACUGGAUUAAACUUACACACACACACACACACACACACACACACACACACACACACACACACACACACACACACACACACACACACACACACACACACACACACACACACACCUCAGAACACUUGGGCUUUCUCAUCCAGCAAGUGGUGCUUCUGACACUGUGAGCUUUAAAGUGCCUGAUGAGUCAAAUCGAGUGCUUCUGAUUAUUGAUUAUAUGUUCUUUGUUUGGCCUUCUGUUCUCACUAUUGACUCUUCCUGUAAUGAACGUGUUUGACUGGAUGUCUGCAGAGCUGUGGUGAAUCAUUGCACCUCUGCAAAAUGAAACUACGGUGUGCCUUGAGAUUAUAUUAUAAGUCUUAUUAAAGUAAUUCUGCUCUUAAAGUUACAUUUAAAAGCUUCUAAUCCUACAUCAAACGAUUUGCCAUCUGCUAGCAUGCAGUAGAUGCAUUGUCAUCAGUCAGAAAGCUGAUAUGCCUUGAAGUCUUUUUGUUUAAUUAGAUCAGAAAAAGAGUAAUAUGAACUCUUACCCACAACAUCGAAAAUGUACACUCUUUCAUUAAAUGAAUUUCAGUAAUUAAUAUGCUAAUUUGAACCGAAAAAGCUCUAAACAUUAAUGAGCUCUUUGGUAAUUUAGGGACACCCUGUGGUGCAGCUAUGAAGCUUCCAUUAUUUAAUUAUCGUGUUAGCGACACAAUACAGUGUCACCAAAACACAUUAUAACGCAGAGGCAGGUGGUGAUAAAUAUAGAGUGGAUGCCGCUUGCUUCUAACAGACAUUUCAACACAUGGUUUGACAGAUGUAACAAAGAACGGGUACUCUUUAAGUAGAAGAUGUCAAAGGGCAGAGAACCUCUGCACAGAAAAGGUGAAAAACCACCAACCAAAAGACAACGUGAAUUCACCUCUUUAUUUCCAAGGCAUGCACUUCCUGUUUCUUCUCUGGAACAUGUUCUUCUUAAAAUGACAGCAGCAUCAAUGUUAUUUCCGUGUCUCAGUGUAACUGAAGCUCCUGGUGUGGCAUGUUUCAUUUCAUUUGUGACAGUGAUAAAAAUGUGUUAUCAUCUUAGGCAUCCAACUGUACUCACCAACAUUUUUACAUCAUCCUCUCUAGGAGUUGUACUUAUUUGAGAGUUCUUAAACGGCUGUAAAAUAACAUGCACAUUUUUACCUUAAAACGACAGCAUUAUGUGACCUGAUAUUCCUUCUUAAAGGGAUGUUUACCAGAGCUGGUUUCAGAUUCUGCCUCUAUGUUUAAAUGUGUUUAUUUCACUGGUCAGAGUGGUACGUGCUCAUUAUGGAAGUUAUUCUCCUUGGCUGUUGAAACGUGUAAUAGCAACUGCUGCCGUGGACUAAUGGUCUGAUUUCCUGACUGACGAAAGUUUGAGAAAUAGUUGCAGUUCGGUCUGACUUCUAACAGCCGUACAUUUACACUUCAGUCAGCAGAGGUAAAGGCUGCAGCCUCUCUGUUAAACAAACACACGCUGAAUGUCGUGCAUGUACAGUACAUCCCUUCACUCUGUUUGCUCUUCUUGUGCCUGCAUGUCACUUACGUUACAUUUCUUAUGCCUUACAUCAGCCAUCUGCUCACAGGAGGUCUGGUGCCAUCAACUUAAUGUUAAAUACAGCUAUAGAGGGAUGUGCAACAUGUUGAGGUAAUGAUGAUGGGCAGUUAUGAUAUAAAAUGGUCACACAUAAUUGUUAUAGAGCUCAAAUGUAAACCAACAGCAACAAAAUCACAUUUGAUGUGCCUUGGCAUGCCAAAGCAAUAGAACAGUCAGUUUUAUUACUUAAUGGCUACAUCUAUUGACGUAGCUGAUCAAGUUGUUGGA